AUGAAAUUGAGAAGAGCUGGCUGGAAAGACUGCGUGGGCCACGACAUUUGUAUCUGUUCUAACAGGCUACUCGCUCAUGAUGUUGAUGAGAAUGAACCUAACAGGCCUGCUGCCGGUCCGCCGCGCCCUUGCGAGGCACACGCAGGUUUCAGUAUGCACAAGAACUACCCGCGUCGCAUCCAAGAUACUAGCAAGAUCGAUGUUCCUAACCCCAAGUCUAUCAUCGAUAAGGCUAUUCCAAAGACUGACGAGCUUGCCGAACUUGUCAGCAAGUUGUACACUGACGUGCUGAACGAGGACCUCGACGCUUGUAUGGACUGUGCAGUCACAGCGCUCAACAUGCCUGUCUUUAUUCUUAUUCUCAGUAUCGCCUUCACAGUCACUCCCUUCGCCGAUUCAGCGGCGUCAGCUCUUGGUGGCGCAGCGAUGAUUUCACGGGCGGCACUGAUAAUCGUGAUGAAGGUCAAGGGGGCUAGGAACACAUUCAAGGAUGCCGCCGAUGCUCGACGGGCUCUGAAGGGCAACAAGCUUGAAGCCUUUCCCCAGAGUUCCGGAGCAAGGACGAGAUUGUACAGAGUCUUCUGA